AGCGCGUCCCCGGCUUUUGGUGUUGUUGUUUCUGGGCAAGACAUUGUGCUAGUAAACGAUAAUUUUUCUGCGUGUACAUUUCUAAUUAUUUGGAAACGCUACAGCACCCAGCACAGCUUUUCUGCUCAGCGUAAAAUGGAGGAAGGUCAAGACUUUUCUCUUUGUGGGAAAUCAGCUGUGACUGAAGAAAAUCUGAGAGAUGAGUACUAUUGGAAGCUUGUUGCAGACUUCAUUGGUCCUCAGUCAGGAGAAGGAUUAGAGCUCGAAAAGGGCUCCUGUAAGAACAGGCUUAUGAUCCAAGUCGGACUUCUGAGAGAGGACAAUAAUUUUCCGUGGAUAGCCAUUUUAGAUUGGCUCAAGAGGAUCUUCCCCGCACAUCAGUCAGCAGACUUUCGUCGUUUGAUUGAAAGAGGCAUCGCCACAACACUGAGUCUGGGAAGUGAUGCGAGGCUAACCUUCCUGGAAUCGGACGUCAACUUUAACUUUGUCGGUCCAAUAUGCGAUAGCAUUGGAGUCGAGCGACAAGAUCUUUUGGAAAUGAGGGAUUUUUCAGAUCGGGCAAAAUCGAUUGAAGUCACAAACGGUUUGAUUCUUGAGUUGAGCAACUUUGUGAACAGGGAGAAAAUUUCCCCAAUCGUUUUAGUAAAUUGGCUUAUGAACUUCAACCCCGAGUACUGUAAGAAUGGAAAUAUUCAAAAGGCAUAUCAAGUCCUCAAGGCCAAGAUUAAAAAGUUGAAGACUUUUUGCCGCAAUUCAGAAACGAGAAGCAACAGGAGGAACGCUGCAGUUGAAAGUAUUCUUCAAAGUCCGUUUGAACUGGUUCAGAUAAAAGAACCAAAACUAAUUGUGAGGAAACGCAUGAGAAGAGAUGACACCAUAGAUUAUGAAAGAGUUACAAUCAAAGAGGAAUAUAAGAGCUUUGAAAUCAUGCAAAGUGAGGGGCCCAAGAUGAAUAGAGAUGAUUUCAGAGCACAACGCAAUCAUGCUGCUGUGCAAAGACAUAACGAGGAUUUGGAUGUUUCCGACAGUGGAGAAGAAACCUCAGCUAACGCAGGAGAGUCUAUGACUGUGCUUGACAUCGCAAUGCUGACUGUCCAUAAGCUGUCUAAAGUAUAUGGUGGGAAAACCGCAGCGUGCAAACAGGUUUCCCUGGAUCUUCUCAAAAACCAGUACGCUCUGACAUUCAAAGACAAUCCAGCUAUGGCGAUGUUUGAGAAGAAGCUCGAGGCGCUGCGUGAAGACAUUUCACUAGCCUCUCCUGUCACGUUUCUAAACUACAACGCAAAUUUCCUCGUUGACGUGCAUGACGCAGUUGAGGAGCACAUUGUGAACUUUGAAAAGGAGAUCGUUCUGUCAGCGGGAGAGAAACUAGGCCGCGAUAAGCUCCCUAAAUUCAAGAACUUUGUGAAUUUUCCAGAAAGCGCCACCUCACGCUACAUUCACAUGGCUUGUGAUAUCCUGAGCCCUCGCACCCCCGAGAAGAAAAACUACAGGAAGUACUGGGUGGCUUUCUGUGAGGAAAAGAAUAACCCCUCCAGACUCACAGUAGACCAGUCAAACAGAUUCAACACGUAUUUUGAAGCUGCAGCGGGUCUUAUUCACCAUCACAAAGAGACCGCCCUCUUCUUCUCCGAUUUGCUCUCACUGAACAACGACAAAUGCCCAAACAUUAUUCUGGACAGCGUUGCCGCAGAUGCAAACGAUCCUGUGAUUCAGAGCCUCAUGUGCGUUCUGGCAAUUGUGUACUGCAAAAUCCUCGGUCCUUACUGGCAGCUUCUGAAGAGUGGAGGAGAGUACGCGCUCUACAGUCAGUACCUACUCUUUCUCUACCAAAAAUUUCUCGAUUGGUCCAAAGAUCCUUCAACCCUGCUGGAACCGGAGGAGGCCACGGAUGUUUUUCUGCAGUACCCACUGCAAGAGAAAACCUUUGACGGUGUGUUUCACUACUGUGGUCAGUGGCACACCAAUCGAGACCUGAUCAGAGCUUGCUUGAAGAGGACGAUAAAGGUGAUUGCUGCGGUCACUGAGGAACACCUGAAGGACUUUCUGCCGGGAGGAAAAUUUUCCCAAGUCCCUUCCGCAAAUUUGAGCUUGCAGUUGGUAAGUUGCACGUUCUCCAUCUUGAUGGCGGAGUACCCCUUUGCCCACACGUACCCCUACAAAAAGAAAAGACCUGACAAGUCAUCGAAGUCCUCCUUAGAUGUGAACUUGUCAUCAGACAGCUCCCAGGAGGACGAAAACCCGUCUGGUUCAUCUGAUGACAGCUCUGAUGACUCUGACUCUUCCAUUUUGCAAGCUAAAAAGAGCACCCAAAAAGAAGCACACAGUCCGCAGAUGAGAAAAGGUUAUGGUAGUAAAAUAGAAAAGGCAAUAAAGGUGUACGAGGAGAUCGAGGAGAACAUGGACAGGGCUUACAUAAUAGCUCAAGUAAACAGAAACGGCGGGCCGUGCAAAACUCAGCAGGAUGUCGAUAAAAUGAUGCUGCGUUUCGAUGGAAAAUCCCGAGCUGAGAAACGGGAGGCGCUGCGGUGCGAGAUAGUGUACCAGAAAAUGAUCCUCGACAACAUGGACCCGCACCUGGAUAUGGUUUUCCACAACAGCACACAAAUGGCGCUGAAGCUGAAGCUCGCACUCCCUCGAGUAAAGCCUGGCUACUCUAUCGUUCUGGCGCCCAAAAGGACAAAAAUGAAGCCGGUGAUGCCGAACGCAACGGAAGCUGCGACCAGUCAGAGUGAGAGCAGCAGCACGUGAGAGCCAUGAUAUGUAGGAGAACAGGUCGCGGGAUGGAUCAUGUGACUUCCUCGUGUGACUACAAGCUAAGCAGAAAUACACACAGUGGCCUCAGCCUUUCCACACAGUUAACACAUUAUGUAUAAUUUUGUACAUGCCAUUAGUUGAAAAGACUGGAUAUUUUUAUAAGUGAUAUUUUUUUGUGAUAAUGUCGACAUCAGUUUGCUCAUGUAAGAGAUAUAAAAUGAACCACUGUCACAUUAAAUCGCCUUGUUGUU